GCGUCACCCGCCGUCUUCCCCGCGUGUCGUUGGUCGCGCUCGUUUCCACGGUAACCAGCCGCGCGCGGCGCUUCCGGGUCGGGCAGGGCGCCCGCUGGCUACUCUAUGGCCGGCUUCCGCCUCCUGGGCUGGAGUCACGUGAGCCGAGGGUCGUCUUCCUGCUGCCCAAUGGGGGGGGCGUCCUGGUGGGGCGCCGUUGCUAAGCGUCGCUGAAGCUAACAAUGAGAAAAUUGUGCCUCUCUCAGCCUGGGCUUGGAAGCAGCAUUGAUGGGAACCAUCUGAGCUUUCCGUUGUCCUGUUGGCUCCACACCAAGCAGUGUUUGCAAAGGGGAGAGAGGAGGAAGAGCCCUCUGUGGUCGGCAUCUGGAAUCUGCAGAGCAGCAUGGACUUCUUGAUCCUCUUCCUGCUCUAUGUCAUUCUGGUGCUGCUGACCAUUCUCUUGGUCUGCCUCUAUUCUGGAAGGAAGCAAAGUUGGCCAUCAAGGACCAUCGAUUGGUUUGCUCAGGUGCUUUCUCACGUCAUCCCAUCCCAGGUUCAUGGAGCUGCUCAGAGGGUGCUUCACCGUCUCUUCCACACAAGACACUGCCUGUUUGUGGUCCUGCACCUGGCUUUGGAAGUGCUGGUUUACGGCGAAUACACCUGGGAAGUCUUUGGCUACUGUCAAGAGCUGGAGUUCGGCCUUCCCCUCCUCCUGCUCCCAUACCUGCUACUGACUGUGAACAUGGCCUUCUUCGUUCUGUGCUCCAAGACUGACCCUGGUGCCAUAACCAAAUCCAACCAGGCGCUCUUCCUCCGUGCUUACGCCUAUGAUGGGGUGAUGUUUGAAAGAGGUGCCAAGUGUGUUGCCUGCAGCACCAGGAAGCCAGCCAGAUCCAAGCACUGUGGGGUCUGCCGUGCCUGCGUGCAUCGCUUUGACCACCACUGCAUCUGGGUCAACAACUGCAUCGGGGCCUUCAACACGAAAUACUUCCUCGUCUACCUUCUCACCUUGGGUGCCAUGGCGACCACCAUCGCCGCCGUAACUGCUGCCUUCCUCAUCCAGGUGGUCACUCUCUCAAACCUGAUGCUGGGAUAUUAUACGGAUGACCAAGGCCAAGAGCGACAGGUCGAUGCUUUCGUAGUUAUUCAGCACCUCUUCUUGACGUUCCCCAGGAUGGUGUUCAUGCUGGGCUUUGUCAUCGUCUUCGCGGCCAUCCUGAGCUUGUAUUUUUGCUUCGGUCUGUACCUGCUCCUGAUCAACCAGACCAGCUACGAGUGGUUUAAGUCAAGGAGGUUCAAGAGUGGGGCUUACACAAACAUCUAUUCUAGAGGAGUCUGGGGCAACGUCAUGGAAAUCGCGAAGCCUCUCAGGAUCCCUGAACCAAAGAGAAGGUGACUCGUCAGAAGCAAUGACAGACAGACCGCCCGCCUUCAUUUGCCCGCAAAGUGCCUUUGGCCAAGCAGAAAGAAAAGAACGAAAGUGGUUUUUAAAGGGCCCUUCCCAGAGCAGUUGUCCUGCGGCCUUUGAGAAUUUAAUGGCCUGAAAGGGAUUCCGGCUGUAGCAGCAGUCCUCAACCGUGAGUCUUCCACGUAUAACCCCCCAAGGGAUGCUAGUGAGUUAGUCUGAGGCCGGGGCUGAGAUCACACAAGGAGCAAUCCUGCUUAGCCCUGCAGAUGAGCUUACUGGGCAGAGAAGCAACCUGCCAUUCUGGGUAAUGGUCCUUAACGCUAGUUUUAUGGGGCAGGCAGGCUCCUGCGAGGAGCUGGCACAGGUCCCGGAGCCUUGAGAGCUUCAGAAUGCUGAGGCUCUGCUCUGGCUACCUGUCCCCAGAAUAAGAAACCUCUUGUUUUAUAAAGAAAAUUUAUUUACAAGCUCAACUGUACAAUCUACAAUUAAAAGCUCUGCGCUUACAAAAGAAAA